UCCACUCCUCUCUAAGUCUCUAACAAACUCAAAUUAAACCCCAUCACCCUCUCAGUCUCACUCAAUAUAUAUAUAACAAUAUACUCACCAAUAAGCCAAACUUAUAAAAUAAAAGGAUAGUACUACUCAGUCUGAGUAUGCAAGAGGCGAUCAAGAUUCCGACAUCCUUAAACGCGGAGAACAGCGUCAGAUUCCUCCGGAGGGACGAGGUGAGGAGAAUGGUGGCGGAGAGCGCGGUGGUGGUGGUGGGGAGGAGGGGCUGCUGCAUGAGCCACGUGGCGAAGCGCCUGCUCCAGGGCCUCGGGGCCAACCCGGCUGCCUUCGAGGUGGACGACAAGUGCGAGGACGACGUGCUCGCCGAGCUCAGGGCUGCGGAGCUGCCGGUGGUGUUCGUGGGAGGGCGGUGGCUCGGUGGGUUGGAUCGGAUCAUGGCGAGUCACAUCACGGGCGAGUUGACUCCGUUGCUCAAGCAGGCUGGGGCCUUGUGGUUGUGAUUGUCAUAUCGUUUCAUUUUUUGUUUAAUUGGAAUUUACUACUAAUAUAGUAGUAUUUCCUCACUUUGAUUUUUAUUUCAGUUGAUUUAUUUUUGGUAUGCUGUUCGUGAGAAUUUUAGUUUUACUCAUCGAGAACGUUAUUAACAUGAUGCUGAGAUUUCAAAAUAUUCGAUUUGCAGUGGGCCUAACCUAAUUAAUUUCUCGUGGAAAAAUAGUAUUCCACGUAAUGUUUA